AUGGCUGAUGGGAUCGAUUAUGUGGCCCAACAACAGCCCCCUGCACUGCUCCGCCGGCGGGACGAUGACGGCGACGGCCAAGACCAAGACGCGGGGGAGGAGGAGACGCCCUCACCACGCUUUAUCAGCAUGGCGUGCUCCGACCCCGUCGGAAGAGAUGGCUUCCGGCCCCAGGCUGGCGGCAGUUGUCACCAGCCGGAGGUUAAUAGGCGACGACCGACGAGCCGCCGACGACCAGGGCCGGCCGAGUCAACCAAUUCUCUCGGCUCAUCAUGCGUCAUACUCAUAUCGUGCACCAUUGGAGCGAAAACACGCCAAAGCCGAACAAUAGUUGGCCCGCCUCACCGUUGA